AUGUGUGGAAUAUUUGCGUACCUAAAUUAUCAAGUUCCGGUUACACGUCAAGUCAUCGUAAACACUUUGCUCAAUGGCUUACAUCGAUUAGAAUAUCGUGGUUAUGAUUCUGCAGGACUAGCAGUCGACGCCGUUUGCUCAGAACAGAAUGACUUAUCUAAUAAUGAUGGGUUUCACAAAACGUUUACUCGAGUUGUUCGUUGUAAAGGAAAAGUAGCAUCACUGGGACAAGCUGUUAAAGAGUUUCUAACCGAUCAUGACUUUCCAAAUGAACUAAUCACAACACAUGUUGGCAUAGCGCAUACUCGAUGGGCAACUCAUGGGGAGCCAAAUGAAGUAAAUGCUCAUCCCCAACGUUCUGGACCUGACAACGGGUUCGUUGUAGUGCACAAUGGUAUUAUAACCAACCACGUAGAUCUUAGGGCAUUACUGAGUCGUCGCGGUUAUAUAUUUGAAUCUGAAACAGAUACAGAAGUGAUUCCAAAAUUUAUGCAAAUGAUUUAUGAUUCACAUAAAGAAAAUCCUAUUACCUUUUUAGAAGUUGUUGAAUUGGUUGCUCAGCAACUGGAAGGAUCGUUUGCAUUGGCAUCCAAAAGUUGUUACUACCCUGGUGAAUGUGUUGUGGCAAGGCGGGGUUCACCAAUGUUGGUUGGAAUUAAAAGUCCGCAUGAAUUGACAAUGAAUCAUAUACCAGUGUUUUAUAAACCGAAUAGUUCUAACACUAAAUAUAAUAUUCGACCGUUAUCCAAUGAUGGGCACGUUGACUUAGGAGAUUCAUCUAUGGAACAGGUGACACAUUUUUUGAGUGGCGCAGAUGGUCAUCGAGAAAUCGAGUUUUUCUUUGCAAGUUGUGCAAGUGCAUUAAUUGAACAUACUGACAAAGUUAUUUUUCUAGAAGAUGAUGAUGUAGCGGCUGUUCGUAAUGGUCAACUGACAAUUCAUCGUUUAUCAAGAAGUGCAUCAGCGACACGUGAAGUUGUUACCUUACAAAUGGAAUUACAACAGAUUAUGAAAGGCAAUUAUGAUUAUUUUAUGCAAAAAGAAAUUUUUGAACAACCAGAAUCAGUGUUGAAUACAAUGAGAGGUCGAAUAAAAUUCGAUAUGAAUACUGUGAAAUUAGGUGGUCUCGCUGAACAUCUAAGUGCAAUACGUCGUUGCCGUCGACUCAUAUUCAUUGGCUGUGGAACUAGUUAUCAUAGCGCAGUUGCAACUCGUGCACUCAUUGAAGAAAUGUCUGAACUACCAGUUAUGGUUGAAUUAGCUAGUGAUUUGUUAGAUCGUAAAACCCCAAUAUUUCGUGAUGAUGUUUGUGUAUUUAUAAGUCAGUCAGGUGAAACAGCAGACACUUUGUUAGCUAUGCGUUAUUGUAUCAAACGUGGAGCACUUGCUCUUGGUAUCACAAACACUGUCGGUUCAUCAAUAUCACGCGAAUCACAUUGUGGAGUACAUAUCAAUGCUGGACCUGAAAUUGGAGUGGCUAGUACUAAGGCCUAUACAAGUCAAUUAAUUGCCCUGGUAAUGUUUGCUUUAGUCUUAUCUGAAGAUCGCAUCUCUAUUCAACCAAAGCGUAUUGCAAUUAUUGAAGCACUGUCUAAGUUGUCUGAUCAGAUACGUUCCAUAUUAAAGUUAGAUUCGUCAUUACAAGAAUUGGCUAAAACAAUUUAUAUGAAAAAGAGCAUUUUAGUCAUGGGUCGUGGUUAUAACUAUGCUACUUGCCUGGAAGGCGCAUUGAAAUUAAAAGAAUUAACUUAUAUGCAUGCAGAAGGUAUUAUGUCUGGUGAAUUGAAACAUGGUCCAUUAGCAAUGAUUGAUAGUGAAAGCACUAUUAUAAUGAUUAUAACACGUGAUCGUUUAUUUAAAAAAACAUUGAAUGCAUUGUCAGAAAUCAGAGCACGAAAGGGUCAUCCGAUUGUUAUUUGUAAUGAAGGUGAUUCACAAGUUAUGGCAGAUGCAUCAUAUGCUAUUCAAAUACCUGAAACAGUUGAUUGUUUACAAAGUGUACUAGCAGUUAUUCCAUUGCAGUUGAUUUCAUUUCAUAUUGCAGUACAACGUGGAUUAGAUGUUGAUUGCCCUCGAAAUUUGGCGAAAUCUGUAACAGUUGAAUAA